UAUGAAUGGGCGAAGGUAAAUCCAACCACAGUGCAGGUCAACUUAUCCUCCUGUUGCGUCGUGCCACAGGAGUUCACAACGUUCGCUCAGAAACAUGACAUCCGGAUCUUAACACACAAUGAUCCAGCCGGGAAGUAUUACCUCUGUAGUUUAAGAGGUAUGCGAAAACCCAUAGUUGAUGAGGUUGUUGUGACAAAAUUGGCAAAAGAAAUUGUGGACGAGGAGGUGUGGAGUGGGUGGCUGGCAAGGCACCGAGCAAUCCAGCGGUGUUUCGGCUUGAUACAAGACAAGGGCGACACGCUUGCCCUUGCCGGUGAUGGUUAG